AGUACCCUCAGGUUGGACUUUAAAUUUCUCAAAGACCGCCAUUUUCAAAUUCUUAUCAAUUUUCCUCUACGAAUUCGUUGCUAAAUAGCUCUUAUAUUACGACAGUACCCUUAUGGAUUUUCACAAAAGUGCUGAGGAACUGCAAACGUUACGAAAAAAGCUAACAGAAGCUCAAAUGCCAUGUCGAAGUGGUCCCAAGGACUCUGUGGUAGACGGAAGUGACGGCCAGGCUGAGAGAUUGGAGGAACAACUUCACGAAAUGGAGGAUGUUUUGUCUGAGGAAAGGAUUCUAAGAAAAGGAAAUAUAUCCGUUGGAAAAUGGAAUGGUGAAAGAAGACUUGUGGAGGUUUUAAUAGCGAAGGGUGUUCACUGGAAUGUCUUUGGAAAGUCCAUCAACGGUCACCUAGUCUUGGAGCCUGAUGAAGCAUUGUAUAUGCUUGACCAUGGUAUGUUGGAGUUGUUUCAUAAUGAUUUACCAGUUUCUCUUCAGCAGGCUUAUGAUCUGCUGUUAUCUGAUGAGUUUCCACUCCAUGAAUAUGUUGUCUAUAGUUAUCUUAGAAAUCUCGGUUACAUUGUCCUCAGAUAUAAAAGAGGAAAUCUCAUGGAACACACAGAAAACAAAGUGGAUAAAGAGAUGGGGAAAAUGACUGAUACGUUGUUGGAUAAAUCAAUGGAGAUAGAUGUGGAUGUUAAAAAUACAUCACAGGAAAAAGUAAUAUACAAAAGGGAAGAUCCCAAGGAGGAAUUUGAAGAUGUUAAAAAGGAACGUGUUGGGAGGAUAAUAGAUGAAAAAAUUGUGGAAGAUAAGAAAGCUCAACCAGAUUUUGAACUGGGAGAUUUAGAAAAAAAAGUGGAAGAAAAAGAGGUUGAAAGUGAACAUGAGAUUGUAGAAAAGAAGAAUACUCCUGUUUCACAUUACUGGGAGGAUAAAGAAUCCCGACCUUUGGUUCAUCCUAGUGAUGCUACAUCAUUAGAAAAUAUCUUGAACAAACUUCAAGUUAUCCAGGGGCAGACAAGGCAAGAAGCAUCGCAACACACGACCGAAUGUAAAUUUCAGAUAACCUAUGAUGUAUUCCAGCCACAAAAAAACUUCAGGAAAACUAAUCCUGGAUUACCAAAUUAUUGUAUUUGUGUUUGCAAGUUUUCUGAACCUCCUCCGACGAUAGGGGAAAUGAACUUUAUGGCAUCUCAAGCACAUCCAGUUCCUCUAAAAUAUGCUGUUAUUGAUGGCCGAGAUGUCUCAUUUUAUUCCAUACUGGAUGUUCAAUUACCAACAUAUGUUGAAAGAUGAACACCUUGCUCAAUUUGAUCU